GGGAGCUCCCCAGAAAUGGCUAACCCCCGCCGCGCAAGCGACAACAGCGCCAGCAGCACUAGCACCAGAGCCAGAGCCAGCGCCAGCAACAGCACGCGGACGGGCUCACGCGGCGCCUGCGCCCGCGGCCCUCGCCAUCGCCGUCGCCCCUCGCUGGUCCCGCCGCGUCCUGCCACUGGCCCCACCCCCCGCCCACGCUGCCGUCCCCAUCCGCGCGUAGCUGGACUCCACCGCCGCUACUGCCGCCCCUGUGGCGCGCCCAGGGCGAUUUGGGGGGACCGGGCUGGGCCGAGGGUUUUCGCGGCCGCUCCCUUGCUGAUCGGGGUCUCCUCGGACGAGGAGCGCUUGGGGGGCGCGGCGACUCGCUGCGUUCGUGGCGGGUGGCGGGUGAGCUCGCGGCGCGGGCGCCAUGGCAGGCGCGGCGGUGAGUGGCAGUUUUUUUUGGGGGUUUCGGUGGUGCUUCUGUGUACGUGGAUGGAUUUAUGGUCCGGCGGUUGGUCUCAGUGCGCUGUUCCGUCCUUCUUAUUUUGUGCGCCCGCGCAGAAAUCGGGAACGGGGAGGCAUGGCGCUGGGCAGGUGUGCCAGAUCUGCGGCGACGGCGUGGGCGCGGCGGCGGACGGCGAGCUCUUCGCCGCCUGCGACGUCUGCGGCUUCCCCGUCUGCCGGCCCUGCUACGAGUACGAGCGCAAGGAGGGCACCCAGGCCUGCCCGCAGUGCAAGACCAAGUACAAGCGCCACAAGGGCAGCCCACCGGCACGUGGGGAUGAAAGCGAGGACGAUGCCAGCGACUUCAACUACCCAGCCUCUGGGAACCAGGAUCACAAGCACAGGGCUCCUGAGAAGAUGCUCACCUGGCGCAGGAACUCGGGAGCUAGUGAUGACAUUGGCCUCACCAAGUUCGGCAGCGGUGAGAUUGGGCUUCACAAGUAUGACAGUGGAGAAAUCCCUCAUGGAUACAUCCCGCGCUUCUCUCAUAGCCAGGCCUCGGGAGAAAUUCCUGGAGCUUCCCCCGAUCAUAUGAUGUCCCCUGCUGGAAAUGUUGGCAAGCGCGGACAUCCAUUUGCCUAUGUGAACCACUCUCCAAAUCCAUCAAGGGAGUUCUCUGGUAGCCUUGGCAAUGUUGCGUGGAAAGAGAGAGUUGAUGGCUGGAAAAUGAAAGACAAGGGUGCAAUUCCCAUGACUAAUGGAACAAGCAUUGCUCCUUCCGAAGGCCGUGGAAAUGGUGAUAUCGAUGCAUGUACUGACUAUGGCAUGGAAGACCCCUUACUGAAUGAUGAAACACGCCAGCCUCUCUCUAGAAAAGUGCCAAUUCCUUCAUCCAGAAUAAAUCCCUACAGAAUGGUCAUUGUGCUACGAUUGAUUGUCCUCUGUAUCUUCCUGCACUACCGUAUCACAAACCCUGUCCGUAAUGCAUAUCCACUUUGGCUGCUGUCGGUGAUAUGUGAGAUUUGGUUUGCUUUUUCCUGGAUUUUGGAUCAGUUCCCCAAGUGGUCUCCAGUGAAUCGUGAAACUUACCUUGACAGGCUGGCUUUAAGGUAUGACCGGGAUGGUGAGUUGUCUCAGUUGGCUCCUGUUGACAUUUUUGUCAGUACUGUGGAUCCUAUGAAGGAGCCUCCUCUCGUCACUGCAAAUACUGUGCUUUCUAUCCUUGCUGUGGACUACCCUGUUGACAAAGUAUCUUGCUAUGUAUCUGAUGAUGGAGCUGCGAUGCUUACCUUUGAUGCACUUGCUGAGACUUCAGAGUUUGCUAGAAAAUGGGUACCGUUUUGUAAAAAGUAUAACAUAGAACCCAGAGCACCAGAGUGGUACUUUGCUCAGAAAAUUGAUUUCUUGAAAGACAAAGUUCAGACUUCAUUCGUUAAAGACCGUCGAGCCAUGAAGAGAGAAUAUGAAGAGUUCAAAGUUCGCGUUAAUAGCCUUGUAGCCAAAGCCGAGAAAGUUCCUGAGGAAGGAUGGAUCAUGCAAGACGGCACACCUUGGCCUGGGAACAAUACUAGGGACCAUCCUGGAAUGCUUCAGGUUUUCCUUGGUCAUAGUGGAGGCCUCGAUACUGAUGGCAAUGAGCUUCCUCGUUUGGUUUAUGUGUCUCGUGAGAAACGUCCUGGAUUCCAGCACCACAAGAAAGCUGGUGCCAUGAAUGCACUUGUUCGUGUAUCAGCUGUCCUUACUAAUGGGCAGUACAUGUUGAAUCUUGAUUGUGAUCACUACAUCAACAAUAGCAGCGCUUUAAGAGAGGCUAUGUGCUUUCUUAUGGACCCUAAUCUAGGAAGGAAAAUCUGUUAUGUCCAAUUUCCUCAGAGGUUCGAUGGCAUUGAUACGAAUGAUAGAUAUGCAAACAGGAACACCGUGUUUUUUGAUAUUAACUUGAGGGGUCUCGAUGGCAUUCAAGGACCAGUUUAUGUGGGGACUGGUUGUGUGUUCAACAGAACAGCUUUAUAUGGUUAUGAACCCCCGAUGAAGAAAAAAGAGUCAGGUUUAUUCUCUAAGCUUUGUGGUGGUAGAACCUCAAAAUUGAAAGAAAGUAAGAAGUCAGACAAGCAUGUGGACGGUUCUGUGCCAGUUUUCAAUCUUGAAGAUAUAGAGGAGGGUAUCGAAGGUUCUGGAUUUGACGAUGAGAAAUCACUUCUUAUGUCCCAAAUGAGCCUGGAGAAGAGAUUUGGCCAAUCCAGUGUUUUCGUAGCCUCCACUCUGAUGGAAUAUGGUGGUGUGCCUCAGUCUGCAACUCCAGAGUCUCUUCUGAAAGAAGCAAUCCAUGUCAUCAGCUGUGGUUAUGAGGACCGAAGUGAUUGGGGAAGGGAGAUUGGUUGGAUCUACGGUUCUGUUACGGAAGAUAUUCUUACUGGGUUCAAGAUGCAUGCACGUGGCUGGCGGUCAAUCUACUGUAUGCCUAAGCGACCAGCUUUCAAGGGCUCUGCCCCUAUCAACCUUUCAGAUCGUCUGAAUCAAGUGCUUCGGUGGGCGCUUGGUUCAGUGGAAAUUCUUUUCAGUAGGCAUUGUCCCAUAUGGUAUGGCUAUGGCGGACGGCUUAAAUUCCUGGAGAGAUUUGCUUACAUCAACACCACUAUCUAUCCACUCACAUCAAUACCACUCCUCAUAUACUGCAUAUUACCAGCUGUUUGUCUUCUCACGGGAAAGUUCAUCAUCCCACAGAUUAGCAACAUUGCCAGUAUUUGGUUUAUCUCUCUCUUUAUUUCGAUCUUUGCCACUGGUAUCCUUGAGAUGAGGUGGAGCGGUGUUGGCAUCGACGAGUGGUGGAGGAAUGAACAGUUCUGGGUCAUCGGAGGUAUUUCUGCACAUCUGUUUGCUGUCUUCCAAGGUCUUCUGAAGGUACUUGCUGGCAUCGACACCAGCUUCACUGUCACUUCAAAAGCAUCCGACGAAGAUAAUGAUUUUGCCGAGCUCUACAUGUUCAAGUGGACGACUCUUCUGAUCCCACCAACAACUAUCUUGAUCAUCAACCUUGUCGGUGUUGUGGCUGGUACCUCCUAUGCGAUCAACAGCGGCUAUCAGUCAUGGGGACCGCUUUUCGGGAAGCUCUUCUUCGCCUUCUGGGUGAUUAUCCACUUGUACCCAUUCCUCAAGGGGCUAAUGGGACGGCAGAACCGCACGCCGACCAUCGUUGUCGUCUGGGCCAUCCUUCUUGCAUCCAUCUUCUCCUUGCUGUGGGUUCGCAUCGACCCGUUCACCACACGAGUCACUGGGCCAGAUAUCCAAAUGUGUGGCAUCAACUGCUAGGAGCGUGCAAAAUAAUUGGAACUCGAUUGCCACCCAUUCUGUUGUAUGAUAUCAGCCGGUGACUGUAGUUUACCAGAUGAUCUUCGGUUACCAAAACUGGGUACUUAGUGUUAAUAUGCAGUAUUAAAUUAGCUUUGCUAACUAUUCACUAUAUUAUUAGUGUAUAUUAUUAAAGCAGCAGAAAAAGAAGCAACCAUGGUUGAACAGUAAA